UUUGUCACUUACAUAAACACACUUGCUUUCUCAAUAGUACACAAAAAUGGCAGCAUCUUUAGCAAUUGCGUUGAAGAGUCUCUUCGCCGUAUUAGGAUUUUCGAUUGCCGCCAUUGUAAUCUACACUGCCGCCAUUGAUGGCCUCCCAUUCCGCAUGGAGCUUCUCACUCCGUUGAUGGCUGCAACCCUGAUGGAUUCUUUCAUCUACUUAUUAAUAAUAUGGUCCUGGGUUGUCUACAGGGAAUCAAACUGGAUUACUGCAAUACUUUUGGGGGUCUUACUAGUAUGUUUUGGAAGCAUUACUUUAUGUGGCUACAUUCUAUUGCAAUUCCUGAAGCUUUCAACUCAGGAAUCUUUACAGGAUCCAAUUUACUUUGUCCUGUUACAAAGCCAGAAAAAGACUGAAACAGAACAAUGGAGGAAGUAUUCUCUUUUAACUGCAAGAAUUCUAUCUCUUGCUUUGGGCAGUUUGAUGCUAGGGACACUGAUUUACAUCCUUGUAACUUAUGGUUCUCCAUUUCACAGAGAUACUUUCACUCCGUGGAUGACAACAACACUAAUUGAUCACUUUGUCUUUGCUGUACCUCUCUCGGUCUGGGUUGCAUAUAAGGAAUCAAGUUGGCUAAGUGCAGCUUUGUGGAUCAUACCAAUUAUUUUGUUUGGCAGCACCAUCACAUGUGCCUAUAUUGCUCUUCAGCUUUUCAGUCUCUCAUCUCAAGAUCCCGUCUACCUUGUUCUUUUCAGCAGCAACAGGCAAGGAAGAAAAAGAGGGUAUAAAGGAACCUCUCAAACAGACAGUAUAGGAGAGGGUCAACUGAGCAAGAAGUUAUAUGGUUGA